UGGCCUGAAAAACCUCGUUAUGACUGCCAUAAAGACGUCAGUUAUUUCGGGUUUUCAUCUCACAUUUCAUUGUGAGAGAUAGUUUGCUGCCUCGCUUCUGUGGAUGACGCGGGAUCACAAUUCAGCACCUGGACAGCUCCUGGUCAUUAACCUAUUACUGGACACAUGGAGUCCCUAGCGUGAUCGUAGGGAAACCCUGUGAGCAGGCGAGAUCUGGGCACUAAAAUGCCCUCCUUCCGAAAGAUGACGUUUAACUGAAUAGGUGGAUAGUGGUGGACAUUUAAAAGCAUCUCCGUGAAUGAUGAUGCUUACAAUAAGGAUCGGGCUUUUUCGUUGUGCCCUGUAUUCUAAGCAGCAGCACGGGUCGUUAGCCAAUCCAAAUCUGAAGAGGAUAGCAGCAGCCUACACACAGCAACCGAGCCUCGCUCACACUGAUCAUCGGCAAGGGAGACAUUACCAUCAUCAUUAGGAGAGCAUGAGUCACGACCAUACUUUCAACAAUGUAGAGCAUAAAAGGUGUGGUGUGAGCCAAGUCUCUAUUCUCUGGUUAAAUCAAGAGUAACAAUCGUGUCGACGUCCAUUCACAGAAACAACACAGCAACAUGAGCAACCCCCAGGCCCCUCCCCAGGCCCAGGCCAGAGCCUCAGAGCUGGAAGUGAUCUCCCAGCAGGUGGAGGAGGACAACCAGUGUCAAGCUCCGGUCCAGGUGGUCAGCUUUGCAUACAGAGACCUGCCUCUGGCCGCGCUGGACAUCUCCCUGGCCGGAUCCCAGCUCAUCUCCAACCUGGACGAAGAGGACAACAGAGAGGGGUCUAACUGGCUGAAGCCAUGCUGUGGGCGGAGGGCAGCCCUAUGGCAGGUAUGUCUGCUGAGCGCAGGCUUCAACUGUUUCCUGGUGGCUUGUGUCAUCCUGGUGGUCGUGCUGCUGUGUCUGGAGCUGCUCAUCGACACCAAGCUUCUGCAGUUUAACAAUGCGUUCCAGUUUGCCAGCAUCAUCCACUGGAUCAGCCUGGCCAUUCUAUCUGUGUUCUUCACUGAGACGGUGUUCAGAAUUGUGGUGCUGGGGAUCUGGGAUUACAUCGAGAACAAAGUGGAGGUGUUUGACGGUGCAGUCAUAGUCCUGUCCCUGGCCCCCAUGGUGGCCUCAACAGUGGCCAACGGCCCCAGCAGCCCCUGGGACGCAAUCGGCCUCAUCAUCGCCCUGCGCAUCUGGAGGGUCAAGAGGAUCAUCGAUGCCUACGUGCUGCAGGUGAAGGUGGAGAUGGAGAUGGAGAACCAGCAGUAUGAGAAGGCCAAAGCUGCCAGGGAGGAGCAGCUGGAGAGACUCACCCAGAUCUGCCAGGAGCAGGCAUUUGAGAUCAGGCAGCUGCGGGCCCACCUGGCUCAGCAGGACUUGGACCUGGUAGCAGAGCGAGAGGCUGCCAUGCAGAUCCACCAUGUGUGGGGCAAGCAGAGCAGCAGCUUCCAGGAGGUGGACGGUCUGGCCCCUGGGGGCCCCGAUCAGCAUAGCCAGGCUAAAGCCAGGGAGGCAGCGGCCCCUAGAGAUCAUGUUGUUCAAGAUGACAUGAACAACUACAUCAGCCAGUACUACAGUGAGGCAAGCAGUGAUGUUGGGAUCCCAGACCCAGCUCGUGUCAUCACCACUGCAGCCAUAGACGUGCACCUGCCCAACAACCCCAGCCAGCUGCCCUCGUCUCUGGUGAGUGCAGAUGCAGCGUCCAGCUGUCUGCAGCGGACGGGCAGCUCUGUGAGCGAGGCCUCCAGCACCACCAUGUCCCGCUCUCGCUCCAGCUUCAGCGCCCACCAGCACAGUAUAAGUAGCCACACCCUGGGCUCCACCACCGACUGCAGCUCCACCGUCCGCGAGGCCUCCACCUCCACAGACUCCUACAGUGGCCAGCGCUGUUACCCCCCGCCCUACUGCAGCCCUCUGGCCCUGGGCUUGGGCACACAGCCUGGCCCCAGAGGACACCCCAGCACCGUGGUGCAGGAGCUGCUCUCCUCCCUGUCUGAGGACUCCUGUCUGGGCCAGAAGGGCUUGGACCCUGUCAACCUCAAAUUGCCCAGCCCUACUGGCUCCACCAAGACCAGCCCUGAGCUGGAGCACAGGCUCAACAUCUACAACAAGAGGAACAAGGAGAGCCGCAGAGGCUUCCACACCAAGCCUCUCAUCCACCUGCAGGCCAGGGAGCCUUUCAUGGAGGAGAAGUACAGGCUGUCUCAGGCAGAUGCCCCUGUCAGCAGCCUGCCUGAGACAUAGGAAAGGGCUACAGUGGUACUGUAUCUCUUAGCCAGCACUGACUCACUCCUCAAAGACCCUCCUGAAACUCACUGACUAAAACUAAAGACAUGAACUCAGAGGCAUCCUCCACUGGCAUACAGCCAUCUUCCUCAUUGCCAAAAGCACCUUGGAACUGUGAAUGGCAGCUCUGCCAGCACAGCCCAUCGUCCAUUGAGGACAGGGAAACAUGCUUUAGUGAGCAGGCACUGAACAUCUAUCAGGAAUUGCCACAAUAAAUGAGUAUAUGGAGUCACCAAAAGAAACCAGCAUUAGGUCAUUAGCCCGAGCUCUGAGGUAGCAGGGCUCAGCAGAAAUGUGACUGGCUCUGAUGCUUUUGAAUGUGAUAUCAUUUAGCGAUGGGGCUGGGUGUGAGUGGGUGGAACUGGGUGGUUUGUUUGUCUGAUAUACUUGCUUAGGGAUUGGAGACACUAGACUGAUCACAAGACAACUACUAAUUGGCAAUCAUGUCAUGAGCCACACUAAUCAGACAUUUUAUAAACAAACCAUACUGAAAGUCAACCUGGAGUCUCUCGACCUCAACAUUAAGUACAGUCCUCUCUGAUCGGACAAAUGCAGGGUACAUUUGAUCUGUGUUCUGUGUUGAGCUGUGUUCUCAGCUUAUUUCUUACCUUUGUCUUUCUACAUUAUCAAUGCUAAAGUUUGUAUUCAAAUGAUAUGACAAAAUAUUUUUAAGCCAGACAAUUGAGCGAUUGAGGGAAGUUUCAGCUACCAAAUCUCAAGGGGUUUGUAAUUGAAGAUGUUAUGUAAAGUGUUGGUCAGAAGAAAAAGUAUUAUAGCAUGGACCUUUAAAAAUAUCUGCUUUUAGACAUGGCAAUCUAAUCCUGUGCACUUUAAUGUCAACAGGCAUUUUGUAAAUUGAUCAUGAAGGGAAUUCAGUGCAGAGUAAAAGCAAUUAAAAGGCAAACAUGGUAAAACAGUCAUUUACAGUCAGUUUUAUCAUUGAUACCAAGACCUUUCGGUGGACUACACAUUAAUAAAAGUGCAUUAGUGAGGCAGGUUUAGACUUCCUGAAGAUUGCCUUUAUUGUGACGCUACGUUAAAUACAUGUUACAAAAUAUGCAUUAACAGGGAACAAAAAGAUCACCUACGCCAGGUAAGCAAAACGUUAUCUGUGGCAUUAUUAUACCUACGUCCA